AUGUCGUCCUUCACCCUGACGCCGAUCGUUCAACAGGCGGUCGAGCAUCGCCUUGAAGAGCUCGAACGCACCAAGAAGUCUUUCGAGCGACGAUACUUCUCUGAAGCGGCCGAAUCUGAUCCGCCAAGUGUCAUCGUACGCCUCGAUAAGCUACUGGACGAAGUAAAGAAUCUGGAGCCAAAGCUCGACGAAGAGGACGACGAAUGGUUGACGGAGACCAUCCAGCGAUGCAUCGAACAAGCCAAGGAUGACGGUGCGAUAUCCGAGAAGAAGUUGUCGAGGCUAGAGAAGAGCCUCCGCGAUAAACUGAGCAGGUUUCGCAACCGCAUGGAGGUGUCAUGUCUACACGCUCAGCUCAUCAAGGAGGCUACAAACGCGGCUAAGAUCGAAACGGUGGCUACUAAGCUUGACGCUGUAGCACUGGACGACGACGACGACUUCGAAGUAGUCGACAACGAAGGCGAAGAGGCCCUCGAGAAGUUUCAGGAAGCCUGUUCCCAGGCUACAAACGUGGACAACCGAUCGAUUGAGACCUAUCUCUCGAGCUUGUUCACGUCCGAAGACGAACACCUACAAUCGAUCCGAGACGGGAUGCAAGCAUACGGAGAUGAUCUGAGUAGCGGAGAAAUCGAGGUAGACGAGGAGUGCUUGACGUGGAUAAUGACGGACUUGAUGAAGUCGGAACGGAUCAGCCCGGAGCGAAAGGCUACCCUCGCAGGGUAUCUGCAGUCACCCGAUGCAUUACGAGAGCUUGUCGCAACCUUAAACAUGAUGAGCUAUCGCGACUGGAAUUACAGAAACGCUGAGGCGGGCUUGCCAGUCGAAGUGCGCAAAACGAAGAGCGGCCAGCAUUACGUUCACGUCGAGGUAGACAUUAUCGACAUGUUGUUCCUGCAUUGCUGUGCGAUUGGGUGGGCCGUGAAGUUGAACGAGUGUCUGAAAGACUUCGUUCACGAGUCGGGUCUGUUUCGCUGUGCUCCGUUGGCAGAAGCGGAGCUCGACAAACGUGCUUUCUUCUUCGACACACCUCGUCUUGCAUGUGAGGGUUAUCUGUCGCCACCACCGCCACCCUUACCUUACGUGUUCCAAUCAAUACCUCCUCCUCCCCCUGGUCUACCUCUGUACAACAGCAGAAAGGGUAGUCGGAAGAAGAAGAGGAGUGAUGAGAAGAUGUAUCCCAUAAUGCACCCGGCACCUCCACAGCCACCGCCAGCUGCGCCUAUGGAUGUAGAAAGUCUUCGAAGGGAUACCUACAAACGACACUUCUUCAUGUCGCGUCUCCCUCACAAAGACGGCGAAGUACCCCAGAUUGUUUCGUCCGAAGACGUCCAAGCAAGAUUGAUCAAGACCCUCGCUGUGGAAUGCAAACUUCGAAAGGCGUUUGAUGGCAAGGUGUGCGCUACAACUUUGGAGUUCGACUCAAUUGCCUCCACAAUUCCCCAUCAAACCAUCAUCACCACAUUGAGGUUUCUUGGUGUCCCGGAAGUCUUCCUCGAAUUCUUUACUCGUGCUCUGGAGCCCAAGCUGGGCAUCCGAGGUUUAGCCAGUGAGUCGGAUAAACUCCUAACGCCUGCUAGUGGAGUAGCGGUUGCUCAUGGCCUGGAGAUGUUGUUCAGCGAAGCUGUGCUGUUGUUCCUCGACCUUGCCACGCACAAAGCGACGAAGUCGUACAUGUACCGUCUGUAUGACCGCUGCUACUUUGUUGGUACUGCGGUCCAGGUCACGAGUGCCAAGCAAGAAGCUGCUCGUUUCUCUGAUAUCAUGGGGCUGAAGCUGCGCAAUACCUCAUCCAUUGGCGGGCUCUCCAUCGGACUUUUGACCAUGGGCUCGCAGGAAUCCUCGUCUUUCGAUAAGAGCGAGGAACUAAGCGUAGAUGAGAUCAAAGUCGCCCUAUACGCCACCCACGUAAAAGCUAGGCUCAAGGCAUGCUCGACCGUACUGGAGUGGAUUCGCGAAUGGAAUGACACUGUCGGUACCUACGCAGCACCGCUCUUCGGGCCUCUUGCCAAUGUGUUUGACGCAGCACAUCGCGAUGCCGUCAAGUCCGCUUACAGACGUAUCCACUCUAUCGUACUUGGUGGUAGCGACUUGACCACAUACGUUGCGAAGAUGCUCAACCCCCAUCUUAGAGGUGGUCUGGAGCGUAUGUCUUUUGAUCUUGAGCCCAUCAUCUACCUCCCGCAAUCUUAUGGUGGCCUCGGUGUAAAGACUCCGUUUGUCGCUUUAGCAUCCGCCGCCAAGAUUAGUGAAUCUGGUUCCGGAAGGAUCGAAAGAUAUCUCGGCGAAGAGGCUGCCUACUACGAAAAAGCCGCAGACCGAUACACUCUGGCGUCAGGCCAGCGUCAGCAAAGGCUCGAAACAAUUUUCAACAAUGACCUAUCAAGGAUGAUCUCAGCGCUUGGUUCUGAAACCACAUCCAGCGUAUGUCUCGACGCCCUUCCGUUCAUGACGGAAGCUGAGAUGACGGAACAUCGCGAACGUACUUCAUACCCACUGCUCACCAGUUACUUCUGGAAGCUCGGUCCAGUGACAGUGCCUGAUCUUCUCAGCCUCUAUCAUGAUCUACUUGGCGAGGACACUGAUCGCAUUGAAGAAAGCCAAAGGACCAAGCGAGAGGUACAACGUCUUUCCCGAACGAGGGAUCUGAAAGACUGGUACAGACUCUAUAGCGAAGAGUGCUUUGAAAGGUACGGCGGCCUUGAAAUCUGGUGGGCUGAGGGCAUACCCGUGGAAGUCUACAACAGCCUCAGGGGUCACAUGUCGGAUGACGACGACGACGACGACGACGACGAUUGUAGUUCAAUGGUCGAAAUAGUUUAG